AUGGCCGCCGCGGCUUCAUGGUGAAGUGAGGACCCCUGCAACGGCGCGCCGACUCGUCCAGACGGGAGUUUUCGAACACGCGAGACGCUUCACACGAACCCGCCUCGAAAGCCUCCGUACAACGCGGCUUCAUCGGGACCAGCGUACCCUCGAUUGAAAUAUUCAACUUUCAAAAUGCCCAAACGCAGGGCCCUUUCAUCUCCCAACGUCCCAUCAGAGAAAAAAUUCCCAAGAAUAAACAAUGAUUCAGCUUCCUCCUCUUCCUCUGUGUCUUCUGAUUCAGAUAGUGAUGAGAAUGAUCAAAACACAUCAUAUAGACUUUUAAAACCUACAUUUACUUUUGAACAGUCUUCUGGAUAUGUAAAAAAAUACAACUGUGAAGAGAAAUUAGAUCCAUCAGUCGUUUGUGUCAGUAAACAUGCUAAUGAUUCCAGUUGUUCAUCACAUACUAGCACAUUAGCCGCGGUCUGCCAAAAUAAACCCUUUGCAGAGGCAAUUUCAGAACCAGCUUUUCCGCAAAAUGCACCAUUGGAAAGUGGCAGUGGUGAAUAUAAAACACCUGGUUUUCCAGCUGAAACAACUACUUGUUUACAAAUAGAGGACUCUACAGCUUUAGGCUCGGUGAGUUGUAUUACUACCAAGUGUGAGCCCAUAUCAUUAGAAACAGUGCAAGAUAGCAGCACACUUUGCUCCACCAAAGAGACGGCAGAGGAUGAGAGGAGUGCUUGUACAUCUCCAGCAGUGUGUGAGCCUGAAACGUUGGCCAUGGUUGUUAAACUUGAAACAUUGGAGAAUGAAGAUAAUGCUUCUACCUCGAAAAGCCCGAACCAAUAUGUGGCUGAAUUAACGUCAAAAGAUGUGCAAAAGGAAGAAGAAGAUAAGCUGGAAAUUGUUAUUGUUGAAGAUACUUAUCUAGAAAAGAAGCUCGAGGAUGACGCACAGCAACACAAUCUGACUGCAGUAAAUGUUAAAAACAUUUUGCAUGAAGUCAUCACGAAUGAGCAUGUCAUUGCUAUGAUGAGAGCAGCCUUGAAUGACGUUGAUGAACCCCCAAUUUUUGAACCAAAGAUGACACGCUCAAAAGCGAAAGAAGCUUCAGAAAAGGGCUCCCAACCACAGUUUCUAGAGAUUCCUCUUGAGGAAGAGGACUCAUCCGAUGAAGAAUACCAACCAGAAGAAGAGGAAGAUGACACAGCUGAGGAGAGCCUUCUGGAGAGUGAUCUGGAGAAUUCCCUGGUGGCUGAAUGUGUUUCUCCAAUCAGCCCUGGGCACCACCGGUUAAGGCGCAGCUCGUGUGUUUCUGAUGUUGAGGAUGAAGGCAGUACUGAUGCACAGUCAAUCCAAGUUGAAGAACCACAACCACAACCCACAAUUCAGAAGAUCAGACACGUUAGCGCCAUGGUUGUACCAAUGGGGCCUCCACCUCCCCUCCCAGCAAAGGACAGCACUUUUAUUGAGAAACUCAAUGCUGUUGACGAAGAGUUGGCAUUCAGCAGCAUUGUUGGAUAUCAAUAUCGGCCAGACGAUGAAAACUUAAUAGCAUACCGCACACGCUCCAAGCGGACACUGAGGGACAUGCCUAUUGGGCAGCUAGAAGCAGAGCUGAAUGCACCAGAUAUAACGCCAGAUAUGUACGAGCCGGCGGUUAUGGAGGAUGAAGAUUGGAAGACUUGGCUGCAUGGGCUUAUGACAGACCCAGUAGAUAAUGCAGAAGACAACGAUGAUGAAGAGGAUGACCCAGAAUACAAUUUCCUGGAGGACCUUGAUGAGCCUGAUGUGGAGGACUUCAGGAAUGAUCGUUCUGUCCGGAUAAGCAAAAAGGAAGUCAAUGAAUUAAUGGAAGAACUCUUUGAAACGUUUGGAGAUGAGGUCGGCUCUCAAGAGUGGGAGGAGGAGGUUGAAGAAGAAGCAAAUCAACAAGAGGCUGAUUUCAAUACCCCUCAGACAAUCAGAUUUGAGGAACCCCUGGCAAAUGUCAUUAUGGACUGCCGGCACACGGUUAAGACACAGCUGGACCUUUUGAAAAUGAGGAAAAGUAAUAUCAAGAAAAAAACACCUCAUUCUCCAGAAAGCAAGGAGGAGGAGAAGAAAGUCGUUUGCUCUGUAUCCUUCUCUCCAGAGCAGUAUGCCAUGCUCCAGCAGCAAAUGCAGCAGCAUGUUCAACUCCUGACACAAGUUAACCUGCUGUCAACUGUCAAUCCGGACGCUCACCUCUGCAGGACAUAUCUCCAAGAACUGCACAUUCUGGGGGAGAUGUCACAGACAAAAUACCAGGAGGUCAACUCAGCCUUCCGUUCCUCUUUCAUUUCAUGCAACCUGAUGGAGUCCUUGCAUAUUGUUGAUGACUUUGACAAGAGUGAAAAAACCAAGUUAAUAAAACAUUAUAGCAAAAAAAGUAAAAAAUUACAGUCCAGUGAAAAAAGAAUGAUUAAAGGAGGCAAACUUGAAUGUUCUGUCAAGCUGGCUUGUAUAAUGAAGAGCAAUGUGUUCAUGUAUCGGGAGCUUCUGCCCUGCUGCAUGCUACAUCCUCCACAACCCAAAGAGAAGAAUGUUUUCACGAAUGCAGAAGACAAUCUGUUGGUGCUGGGUCUCAAGCACUUUGACAAAACACCCUGCCAAAAGACGCUCAUCAGCCAGUACCUAAUGCCUCCAAAAUCUAUGCAACAGAUUUCCUUCAGGAUCAAGAACUUGAUGUCAACACGCAGUAGCAACAAUGUUGUAAAGACAUACAAAAAGACUGGAGUAGUAGCUGUGAUGCCCAAGCCAUGUGUGGACGUGCUUCCUGAAGAAGCAGUUGCACCGAUUGACAGAGAUCCUCGAGACAUUCCUCCGUGGUUCAGGAAACUGAUUGGUGUUGUGAAAACACAACUCAAUGAAAAAGAAAGCGUCACUCCGAAAUCGCCUCCCACGUCCCUUCCUGAUGUGAACGAACAACUGCAUGAAAAUGAAACCGUGAUGCCACAGUCACCUCCCAAGGUCACUGUCACUGAAGAAGACCCGCAAUCAACCAAAGAAAACAAACCUGUUGAAGACAGCAAAAGUUCACAGGGUGAAAUGUUACAGAGUUCCAUGCAAAGUGUCACCGUUAUGGAAAAUGACUUAUUGGGCUGCUUCAACGUUGCGGGUGAUGAUGGAGACCUAAAAGUCAAUGCAACCGACAAAACGAGAUCAGAUUGUGAAGGAGGAGCACAUGUGGAUGAGCAAGAAGAAGAAGAGCUCACACAGGAGGAGGAGGAAGAUGAAGAUGAUUCUUCAUCAGAGUCGGGAGAUUCUGCACUCUCUGUCCCAGAACUACAGGAAACCAUUGAUAAGUUGUCUUGGUUAGCUUCAGACACAAGGGCAAAUAAUCCAGGUGGUGAUUCUGAAGAUGAUCUCAUAUCUCAAGAGGAGACCUCUGAGCAAGAUGAGGAAGAAGAAGAGACAACAGAGCCUGCUAACAAUGAGCAAGAAAAUACAUCUGUCAUCCCUGGAUGCUCCAGCAGUCCACCAGCUCCUGUCGAAGAAAGUGUCACCAGCAGUGUUGAAAUUGAGGGACAACUGGAUGUGGCUCCUAAGGAAAAAGUUGCAGUCAAAGUCAAGCCCAAACGAACCAGGUAUAGAGCAAGUAUGGAUACGUCAAAGAUGUUGCUUUUACUAGGCGAUGAUAUUUUGGAAACAGAUCCACAACGUGAUAAAAAGGAUUUGAUAUAUGCUCAGGCAUACUUGAAUAGAGUGAAAGAGACCCUUCAAAACACCCCUGGAAAGUAUGAAGAGUUUUUGAAGAUCUUACAUAACUUUGAGAUGAACCAUGCUCAUCGGUCGGUUGUGGACAUGUAUGAAGAGCUACACAAUGCAUUUAAAGACUGGCCUGAGCUCUUAAAAGAGUUUGCUGUGUUUCUUUUGCCUGAUCAAGCACUGGAGUGUGGACUGUUUGAGGAACAGCAAGAUUUUGAGAAAGGCAGAACGUUUCUGCGGCAACUGGAGAUAUGCUUUGGUGAAAAUCCAACUUAUUAUCAGAAGAUUGUCAAGGCUCUACAAAAUUGCGUGAAGUUUACCCAAGAAGAAGUAAAUGAGCUGAAAACACAGAUGUGGCACCUAAUGAAAGGCCACAAUUACCUGCAGGAUGUGUUCUCCAUGUUUUUUGACCACUUGAGGCCACCAACAAGCAGAAUGGAUGACUUUGAGGAAGUAAAUUGGACAGAUGAAAAAGAGUAUAAGUUUGAUGGAUUUGAAGAAGUUGUUUUGCCAAAGUUGAAGAAAUACAAUAAAGAGAAGUCUAAGAACAAGGACGGUCCAUCGAGCAGUGAAAAGGAUGACAUUUCCACUGCAGGGGCAAAGCCCUGUACCUGUAGGUGUCAUGAAGUAACUAACACCGAGCUGAAACCUAAGAAAUGCAAGAAAAGAUGUCUGCUUUGUGUAAACAAGAUUUCCGGAGAUAUAAAAAUUGGAAAACGUAAAGAAAUUGAGCAUCCAUCUCAGCUGACUGAACAAGACCCUCCUACUCAAGUUACAGAAAGCCUCUCUGCCUUGAAAAAAUCUGAGGGGUUUCAUAACAACAUAGACGGUGAUGGAAAAGAUUCUGUAAUUUUACAGACUCACAAGAACACAGACGUUGUACAGGCUAAUUUUGACAGUCCUGUUUUAGAGAGUAUUGUACAGACUGGACCAACUGUUGAUAGUCCCACGAGAGACCAUAAAUCCACCCCUACAUGUCUGCACAAAUCCGAGAGGACUCCAUCUGAUGAAAAAUCGCUGAGAGUUUCAUUGGGCGCAAAUUCUGCCGAUGAAAAGGCAAGUAGAACCCAGUUUGAGUCGUGCAGUCAACCGAAGCAAAGCAGCUCCCGGGGAGAAACAACCACAGAAUGUGCCACAGACAUCGCUUCGUCACUUGUCAGAUCAGUCAAGGCCAAGGAACAUGGCAGUGGCACUGUACAAAGCAGUAACAGCAAGCAUCAGGCUGAGCCUUUGGAGCGUCUCCAUGUGGUGUGUGCCAAGAACAGCACAGUGAGCUCUACAGGGGAGCUUGUGGUGUUGUGGACCAGGGAAGCAGACAAGAUUAUUUUAACCACCUGCCAAGAGAAAGGAGCAAAUGGAGCUACAUUUACUGAAAUAGCCAAACUGCUUGGUAAUAAGAGCUCACAAGAGGUGUCCCGUCGGUUUCGUGAGCUCGUCAGGUUAUUUCACACGGCGGCAGCGGCGGUCUCUCCAUGCCACCACUCAGAUGAGGAGGAAGAAGAGGACAGCACAAGCAACAGCUUGGAGCCACUUUCCGACAGAGACUCGGUGGCCACAGAUGAUGAGAUUAGCUAGCAACAUUUCAGAAGCCCCAAGUAUACCCAGAGUACACACCGCCCACUAAGCAGGCAAUGUAUGGUGUCAACUGGCAGCAUUAAUGGCUGCUACAUUGCAAGAUGUAUAUAUUUUUUAAGCGAUUAAUUCAUGACAUUCCGUAUCACCUUAAGCAAGGAGGCUAUAACAAUGGUAGAUGGCAGCCUACAGCACGGAAUGCACUGUUGAUGUUAACAGAUACUUUUCUAAUCAAAAUUAACACGAAGAAAUGGCCACAUUAGCAGUAGUGUGCAAACAUAAAUAUUUAAAAACUUGCCACAUUUGUCAAUAAACACUGCCUAAUAACAUAUAUAUUUAUAUUAGGUUGAAACCUCAGUCAAUGUCCAUAACAGUGUGCAUAAUUGUUUUCUAUAUUAGUUUCAGGCAUUGGCCCUUUUCCAGUGCAGAGGAAAGGGAUAUUGCCCAAAAUGCUUAUUUUUUAUAUAUAGUGCUCUUGACCAAUGUGAUUUUUUUAAAUUAGUAAAAUGUAUAUAACUUUCAAAGUGAAUUAGUUUGUUGAAAAAAUAGAACUGAGUUUCUACCACAUAUGGAAUGGAUUCCAUCAAACUUCCAAAUAUUGUCAAACACGUGCAUUUGUGGCCAAAGGCAUGUUAAUCUGCUGCACUAUAUAGCUCUCAUGCUAACUAAGCGAAUGUUUUGCAUUCUGGUAGGCUUUUGUCAUAUGUGGGCAGAUAUCUCCUAGAUGUUAAUGGAAAAGUCAUAAAGUAUUCAUAUUCCUGAACCGGAUCCGCGCCGGAAGGUAUAAUUAUAAUAAUAUUAUACAUUUAUAACACCAUUGAACUACUUGAUUUAGUGAUAUUCAGCUCACGGUUUGGUAUAUUUUCCUAAUUGCCCUCAAGAUUGCUGCUUUUACCCUUAUAUUUUGUGAAACAACACGUUUCAGGCUGGAUAUUCAGUCUGAUUCUCGGUGCUCUGAGACCAUGACAGGAAGCUGUAUAAUUUCUAUGUUUUUCUAAAUUACUAGAUAUGACCUCGAUCAAAAUGUGUAAGUAAAUAUUGACAUCUUUAAUUUCUUCCCUGUGUUAUAGUAGUUCAAUUCUUUUUUUCGCACCGUAUUAACUGGAUAUUUUGUGCAAUAUGUUUGGGUGAAUUUUGACAAUGGUGUUUUCAAUGAUGUUUUGUUAUGGUUGCGUUUUGUUGUACAUAUCAAGUAAAACCCUUUAAAUAUUUGAAGCACCAUUAUAAAUUACUUAUGUUUUAAAUGUUGUGUAUUUACAAUUUUGCUUAUUAAAGAUGUGUGAUGGUGCCACUUAAAAUUGAAGGAAUGUCAUAUGUAAAGUUGCCGUUUCUUUUAGUGCUGCAAAAAAAAAUGCCUGAGCUAAAAGUUGGUGCUUAAGGUAAAAUGUGAAAAGUUGGUCGGCGUAUUAACUUGAGUAAAACACUGCCCAGAGGAGGUGUUAAUCUUCAUUUAAAUCUCAAAUACAUGCAGCACUUUAGAUCUUAGAAAGCCUGGUGCUGCCGUGUUUCAUACGUGUUCACGUGACUCUAAACCUGUUGUGUUACGACCAGCAGGGUUUUUUUUUCGAUAAUAAAAACUCCAAUCCACGGUGAUGUGCAGGGCACCACUUGGACGCUAUAUUUCGCAGGGAGGGAUACCACGUGAACACUAAAUUUCGGGACGCACUACAAACAUCCUGGGACGUGAGUUUGCGGUGUGGUAC